AUGACAUGUUGUCUAUUAUUUUCAACAUUGGCAACACCAUAUACACUAGGAACAGCCGAUGGAUUUGGAUACAAACAACUGACAAUUGCACUCGGAACCUUUGUAGAUGGUUCCGAUUUGAAACCAACUCUGCUGAGUGGUACUCAGACUGAUACCUCCACAGUGUGGUCACCAACACCCAUCCUACAAUCGAUUGUCGGUGGAAUUCCAGCAACUGGUGGUCAGCUUACCAUUAAAGGAAAAUUCCUAAUGCCAACUACCAAUGCUAUGGUAAUUUUCAAAGCAAAUGCUGGACAAACCGUUAAAUUUACCAACGUAACUGCUACCGUUGGUAGUGAAUGUUAUGUCAAUGUCGACAAUCAAUACUGUGGUUCCAAUGUAGCUGUACAACUGAGAAUGAGAAACCAACCAGCUGAUAAAUCUGGUACAUUUUCUUAUCAACAACCUACUCUUAGCAAUGUUACAGUUUCACCAGGUAGUUUUAUAUUAACAGGAACUGGAUUCUGUCCAGUCUAUACAUACUUGAAAGCCUAUGUAGAUGGUAUUGAUACAGCUGUUCUCCCAGAUAGAUUCACUCAAACCUAUGCUCAAUUAAGUUUUAAUCCAAACAUUACUAGUGGUACUCAUACAGUAGCAAUCAAUGCAUUGGGUAACAUGAUUGCUGUUAACAAAACAAUUACAAUCACGCCUGUUCUUAGAUCAGUUACUUCGGUAAAUACACAAGGUGGAUUGGUUACUCUUAGUGGUGUAUUCUUUUGUUUGACUGCAAACGAUGGAACUAAACUACCAGUAAAAGUUAUGGUGGCAGAUGUAGAAUGUACAGGUGCUGUCAAUGCAGAUAGCGAUCCAAACAAGAUCGUUUGUAAGUUGCCAGCUGGAGGUGGUUCAAACAAGCCCGUAAAAGUAACAAUUUCAGGUCAAACCACACAAGAAUCUAUCAACUUUGAAUAUGGUGUUCCAAGUCUGAAUAGAUACACCAUCGCCAGUGGAGUAGCUCAGUUGUUUGGUUACAGUUUCGGUGAUACCAGCAUCACCACUGUCACCUUCGGUAUGACCACUAUCAAACCAACGAAAGUUGAAGUUACAGCCGAUGGAACGGAAGCAAUCACCUUUGAUAUUCCCAAGAACAUUCGUAACGCUUUCCUCUUUGUAACUGUUAACAAUUUGAAUUCCAAUCGUGUUUGGUUCAACUUGGUGCCUGUGCUAAGUAAUAUUAGUAGUGCUCACACCCAAGGAUCAACUAUAACCAUCAGCGGUGACUACCUCUUCCUCACCGAUUUUAACACCACCAAACUCUCCUCGACUAUCACCAUUGGAAAGUCGGAUUGUAAGAACGCCAAGGAGUUGGUAGCAUCCAGCUCGCUCUCCUGCGACAUGCCACCAGGAAUCGGACAGUCUACCGGCGUAGUUACCAUCAACAACCAGACAUCCAACUCGGUCAGCUUCAAAUACUUCUCGCCAAGCAUCAGCCAAAUCUACCAAUCAAACAACAUCGGCCACAUCAUCGGUACCGACUUUGCACCGACGGAACUUGUCAACUCGACAGCCAUCUAUCUUGCCAACUACACCGUCUCUGACAUAACAAACAUCACCGUCGCCAACUACUCUCACAUCACCUUUAAGAUACCCGAUAGCAUCUCGCUCGGUAUGAACAAUCUAAACAUCUCUGUCGGUAGUCUUUCAAGUCAACCAAAUACCAGCAUCACAAUUACACCAACCGUUAGCAAAGUAACAAACAUCGGUGUCGGCGGUGGCGAGAUUCACUUCAACGGUCACUUCCUCAACUUUUUCAACCAUACCACUGCAGACAUCUCCGUUCUACCCUACAACAUCACCGUUGGUCCUUAUGCAUGCGGUAACAUCACCUCGCUCAACAGCACCUUGUUUAGCUGUCAGAUGCCAAGUGGUGUCGGUGCGCAUCAUCUAGUGACCAUCACCAUCAACAACUAUACAACCUCUGCCAACGAUACACCAACCUACUUCAACUACACCAGUCCAACUAUUAGCAGUGUUUCGGUGGUCACCGAGCAAGGUGGAAUGGUAACGAUCUUUGGAACCAACUUGAACACUCCAAUGACCGUAAUGUUCUAUAACUCUGUCGAAUGUCAAUCACCAUCGGUCAUACCCAAGACCAACUACACUCAAGUACAAUGUUUACUUCCAAAAUGGACCGAUGACUCAGAUCCACCCGAAUCACCACAGCCAUUCGUCAUUACAGUUGGUAAUCAAAAAGCUGAUACCCUAUAUCAAUAUAAUCUCGAUGCAUAUCAUGCAGCUAAAGAUGAAAAAGCAAGAAAAGCUAGAUUAAAAUGGUUGAUUCCAGCUAUUGUUGUACCAGUGGUUGUAGGUAGUGCAGCUAUUAUUGGUAUCACUUUAAUUUUGGUAAAGAAACACAGAGAAAACAAAGCAUUGAAAAAGAUGUUUAGAAAAUUUAGAUUAGUUAGUAAAGAUUGGUUGUUAAAAGAGAUUGAUCAAUCAAGAUUAUUAUUAUUGGUAGAGAAGAAAUAA